UAAUGAGAGAUAAUAUGAAUGCACCUUUAUUCGAAACACAAAACAAAUAAAUUAGUCUAGGCAUUUAAAACGAGUAUUAACAGGAGAUUAGAAAACUAAACACUUCAUUGUAUGCCGUAAAUUAAGAAAAUGCACAUGCCUAUUAUAUUUUUAUUGAUUCUCGUUAAUGUUAUUGUGUGCAGAGAUUUCUACGUGGGCAUGUUCAAACACAAUGAUAUCCUCGUGGCUCAAGACAGACUAUACAAAGAGAGCGAGUACCACAGCAGAGUUAUUGCUAAAUAUGGAAGGAUGUUCAAGUGCCCGAUAACCUACUUCCGAGUUGUCGACCGUCUCGGCAUAGGUCGAGGUCCUACAGUGGAAAUACUCCGCGGUGGUUUGCGCAAGAAAUUCCUGGUCCUUCGCAUCCUCUCUAUCUACAACUACCCUGUAUCCGUCAAUAUAUACGUUGGAUGCGAAAACAAAAUGGCUAGAGAAUUAACAACACCUCUCAAACCAGAUACAAUCACAGAUAGAGGAAGUUUUAAUAAAUCUGACGUCACAGCCACAACUAAGGAUGCAUCAAAAGACGAUAGUACUUAGUGAUACAACUAUUGUGAGUAAUGCUACGGUCGAAAACAAUUCGUACUAUUGGUUAUAUGACUGAAUAAAAUAAAUUGAAAAAUAAAAGAAAUAAAUAAAAGCAUAGCAGUUGCCUGGAAGAAAUCCUAAUGAAUAAAUGACUAUUACUUAAUAAUUUGUUUUUUUUUUCAAAUAUUGGUAUUUUUUUAUUUAUAAAUUAGCCCUUGACUACAA